AUGACAGCAGUAAGAGUAGAAGAGUACGGGACGGUAUCCAGUAAACCGUCGCAGACCACGGCCAGGAGACGCCUUUCAAAUUCCGGUAGUCCAGCAACUUCCACGAUGACAGACACGAAACCCGCUAAACGAAAACGCACCGAUAGCCUUGACUCUAACAUUCUAGGAUGGUCGCCAGGCGUGGACCCUGAGGAGGCAGGAGCUGUGACACAGUCUCGCGAACACUGGUUCAACGACGGCAACAUCAUCCUCCAGGCGGAGUCCAAGCGGUAUCGCGUCCACCAAUCUGUUCUCAAGCGUUACUCGUCUUGGUUCGACGAGGCGUUGCUGUUCCCUCAGCCUGCUGAAGCCGAGAUUCAACGUGAUGACUGCCCCUUUUUUGUCCUUGGCGACACUACAGAGGACAUCGACAACAUGCUCACCUUGCUCUAUGACACCAUGAGUGUAAGCGUGUUUAGGGGAAUCUCAGUGUCGGUGCUCGGAACAAUGCUCCGGCUGGGGAGGAAGUAUUCCUUCAAGAUUUUCUGGGAUGAGGCUGUCAAGUUCCUUGAGAAAUCAUAUCCCGAUACUCUGUGCGAUUGGGAUGGAGAAGAGAAGCAAAUUUAUGACAAAUUUACCGACAAUAAUGAGGACGCCCUUUUCGGUGUCAUCGCUCUUGCUCACGAAUUUGGUCUCAAGUCCGUUCUUCCCACCGCCUAUGUUUCCGUGCUGUUGGAAUACGAUUCGACCACAUUUUUCGCAAAGCGUCGGGUUGCCUGGCGUGUGGAAGAGCCGCUCAACUGUCUGUUGGCCCGCGAGAAGAUCUACAACGCCAUCACGAAACACCCUCUCUCUUGGCUACACGAAAGCACGCCUGUGAGCAAGAAGUGCGUAUCGCGGGCCGGCUGCACCUCUGUAAAGCACGCCGCUCUCAUCGCGCUGCUCAAAGGGGACCACCGUACGACCCUUCAGAUCCUGGUAACGGGAUGGUGCGACACGGAUCUUGGCAACGAUUUCUGCAAAGAAUGCUCCCCCGUGGUGGAGAAGAUUUACAACGAAGGAAGAAAAAAGGUGUGGCACUUGCUCCCCGAAUAUUUAGGUCUGGAAAACGAGGUUUGGAACACACGCUUCGAAUCUCCAGAGUAG